GUUGAAAAAGACAACUAAACUAAACAAUCGCAAUGGCAAUGAUAAUGAAAGCUGCUAAAUGCCCUACCGAUGAACUGUCGCUGAAGAAUAGGGCCAUCGUCAGCGCAGGCGAUUUUCCGCCGGAUAUCAAGUACAUCGACGUAUCGACUGCACCUGGCCAGCAUUUCAUUUUUUACAUCGAACGUACAGUUGCUGGGGAAAUAAAUCCUGGAACCAUAGGAUUUUCUUUGCUGCAGCGGAAAUGGGCAACACUUUCAAUUAAUCAGGACAUUAGUGUCAAACCAUAUCAUUUCGAACGAUCGUCCGAGGUACUUUGCAGUAUUGCUCUGGAAGUGGAUUUUUUACAGAAAAAAACUGUAACGCACGAGCCAUACGACAGCGAUCACAUGGCAAAAGACUUCUUAUUACAAUUUGCGGGUUUGGCAGUUACCGUCGGGCAGCCGUUGGUUUUCAACUUCCAAGACAAAAAGCUGCUUUGCUUGGCAGUGAAAACGCUCGAGGUUAUCGAUGCCGCAGCAAUGGCUAGUGGCGUAUCUUCUGGCAACGGUUCUGGUGGUGGUUCUGUAGAACCGAAACGUGUCAACUUUGGUCGAUUGCUAGCAAAUACCGUUGUAACGUUUGAAAAGGCCGAAGGUUCCGGAUUGAAUCUUGUCGGACGUUCGAAGGGCCGUGUUACGGCCGUUAGACAGUCGAUCAUUAAUCCUGAUUGGGACUUCGGAAGAAUGGGUAUCGGUGGUUUGGACCGUGAAUUCAAUGCUAUUUUUCGGCGUGCAUUUGCAUCUCGUGUGUUUCCACCAGAGGUUGUCGAGCAGCUUGGAUGUAAGCAUGUAAAAGGCAUUCUACUAUAUGGACCUCCUGGUACCGGCAAAACUCUCAUGGCCCGACAGAUUGGCACAAUGCUGAACGCUCGUGAACCGAAGAUUGUUAACGGUCCGCAGAUUUUGGACAAAUACGUUGGAGAGUCUGAGGCUAACGUGCGUCGACUAUUUGCGGAUGCGGAAGAAGAAGAGAAAAGGCUUGGACCAGCAAGUGGACUGCACAUAAUAAUUUUCGAUGAAAUUGAUGCCAUUUGCAAAGCUCGUGGAACAGUUGGAGGCAAUUCCGGUGUGCACGACACCGUUGUGAAUCAGCUAUUGGCAAAAAUCGAUGGAGUGGAGCAGUUAAACAACAUUCUAGUCAUCGGAAUGACCAACCGCAGAGAUAUGAUUGACGAAGCUCUGCUACGCCCCGGUCGACUGGAAGUCCAAAUGGAAAUCAGUCUUCCUAAUGAAGAAGGCCGCGUACAGAUAUUGUCCAUCCAUACUCGUCGCAUGAAGGAGUUUAAGAAACUGGCACCAGACGUAGACCUGCGAGAACUCGGAGUAAAGACUAAAAAUUUCAGUGGUGCCGAAUUGGAAGGCUUGGUUCGUGCUGCACAAUCUACUGCAAUGAAUCGUCUGAUAAAAGCGGCUUCGAAAGUAGAAGUUGAUCCAGCAGCAAUGGAGAAAUUGAUGGUAACCAGGGAAGAUUUUCUACACGCUUUCGAAAAUGAUAUCAAACCGGCUUUCGGAACAGCGGCAGAAGCUCUGGAAAACUAUUUAACCAGGGGCAUUAUCAAUUGGGGCUUGCCGGUUGCUCAUAUUCUUGAGGAUGGUGCUCUUUACACCGAACAGGCCAGAGGUGCGGAAGGCUCCGGACUGGUUUCGGUGCUUUUGGAAGGCCCACCAAACGCAGGGAAAACAGCUCUAGCAGCGAAACUUGCAAAAUUAUCCGACUUUCCAUUCGUUAAAGUUUGCAGCCCUGAUGAAAUGGUUGGUUUUACGGAGAGUGCGAAAUGUUUGCAGAUACGCAAGUACUUUGAUGAUGCCUAUCGUUCAACAUUUAGCUGUAUCCUCGUGGAUAAUAUCGAGAGAUUACUAGACUAUGGUCCCAUCGGUCCUCGAUACUCGAAUCUUACGCUGCAGGCGCUUUUGGUUUUGCUAAAGAAACCACCACCAAAAGGAAAGAAACUUCUAAUCCUUUGCACUACCAGCCGACGACAAGUGUUGGAGGAUAUGGAAAUGCUGUCAGCAUUUACAGCCGUCCUGCAUGUGCCGAACCUGUCAACGGCAGAUCAUUUGAUUGCUGUCCUCGAACAGGAACCUGAUGUGUUUGGACGCAACGAAUUAGCUGCUAUUUAUAAGCGCCUGAAAGGACGCCGUAUUUUUGUUGGAAUCAAAAAGCUACUGGAUUUGAUCGAUCUAGCCCGACAAAUGGAUCCUCAAACACGGAUGAUGAAGUUUUUGUCAAAACUUGAAGAAGAAGGAGCUAUAGAAGAUGCUACUGUGGCACAUUGAAAGAAUAUGUAAGCAUUUGAUUGUACCAUCUCUGCAUAAU